GGAAGAGGAAGAAAGGAACGGUUCCAGCGGCCAUCAUGAACGUGCUGGAGGAAAAAGCAGUGAAAAAACAAAACGAGAUGUCGCGAAGAGGAAUCAACUUGUUUUACUUUUUUUGUUGGAUAUCCUUUUAUCAGCUGGUCUGUACUGGAUUGAUGUUUUGGGUGGAUAUCAUCCCAUGGUUUGGCAAUGCUUGUUCAAUUCAAGACUUUGGAGUAAAAUGGCUGUGUGGAGCUAAAUGUUUUAUCGGGGCAGGAGGCUGUGAUGCCACAUCAGGCAUUGAAGGGACUCUAUUUAUUCUCAUGAACGUUUUAUCCGUUGUUGGAGGAGCUAAUCUACUGAGACACGCCGAGGGAGCCACUUGGCUGGCUAUCAUAAUGUCACUUUCUAUACCAGUGCGAUUUAUUGUAUGGUCUCUGUUCAGUGAGGUAUCACGCAAGUGGCAAGUGAAGAAACCCGAUCAUUGGCUCAGUGCAGAGCUUGGCAUAGCUGCUCUGGUGUUUAUGUUUUCUGCGGCUGUAAUCUACUUCAAGGGGGCACAAGAAAUAACAUUAGUGGAUGCAGAAAGGACUGAAAAAUAAGAAGAAUAUGCGAUGAGAUUCUAAGGAAGGCCAAGCGAAUUCAUUUUAAUAGUUCAAAGUGGGAUGAUAGAGAAGCCUGUAAUAUAGCUCAUCAAACUGUCUAUAAUGAGAGAACACUCGGUUUGUAGCACCAGCGGCUCUCCUUUGGCAAAAAAUGUAAAUGAUUUUCAGCGUUCUCAGAAAGUUUUUCAGAACCCUGAGACUCGAAAACAAACACCUCUAUUUGGUUUCCUUCAAUAAAAAACUUAAUUUA